AAUUUCCAAAAAUUAAGUAUUGUGGCUUUAGGUGGUGAACAAUUUCUGAUUUUGGUGUGCUCAAGCCAUAUUCAGACAAUGCUAGUUUUGUGCUCAUAAAAAAUAGUAGUUGUAAACCCUAAAGUAGUUUGAAGAUUCGACAGAGUUGUGAAAUAAUUGUUGCAUUUAAGCAAAAUGAUUGCCUUACAAGGGAUGAACCAAUCAGGUAUACCUGAUAAAAUGUGGCAGCCACCGUUUGUUGUAUUUGAAACAACGAUGGGCGAGUUUACUAUUGAAUUAUAUUGGAAACACGCACCAGCGACUUGUCGCAACUUUGCCGAACUCUCCCGUAGGGGUUACUACAAUAACACAACAUUCCACAGAAUAAUUCGGGAUUUUAUGAUACAAGGCGGCGAUCCUACCGCAACCGGAAAAGGUGGCAUAUCAAUUUACGGGCAACAUUUUAAAGACGAAAUUCAUCCCGAAUUGAAACACACGGGCGCAGGAAUACUGUCAAUGGCCAAUUCGGGACCCGAUACAAAUGGAUCGCAGUUCUUUAUUACUUUAGCGCCUACUCAAUGGUUGGAUGGCAAGCACGCCAUCUUUGGAAGAAUAACGACAGGAAUGAAUGUAGUGAAGAGAAUAGGAUUAGUGGAGACUGACAAAAAUGAUCGACCUACUGACGAAGUUAAAAUAAUUAGGAGUAAAAUAUUAAAACAGUAAUAUUUAUAGAGAA